UUCGAAUUACGAUUGCUGCGUUAGAAAUGUCGGUUGUCAUAGAUUUGAAGGCGGUGUGCUUAAUAUGCCUGCAACCGGAAAAGUCGCUGCACGAUAUAUUUGCACCAGAUGAAAAAAAUCCUGAAUUGCAAGUAUCAUUUAAAAUUGGACGUUGUUCGAAUAUGAAACUGGAUCCGAACAACAAACGGUUGCCUAAUAAAAUUUGUGAGUCAUGCUUGGAAGAUCUUCAGAUUGCUUGGCGCUUCCGUCAGAACUGUGAAACAGCCUUAACAAUAUUCCGCACAAUACUGCGAGAUCAAGAUGAUACAGAGAUCUUAAGUAGCAAACAAUUUACUACAGAGAAAAUUAAAGUUCCGGAAGGACUAAAAAUAAAAUGUGUAGAAACAGAGUCCAAAAAUUUCUGUACGGCUACCACCUCUCUUGAAGCCGAAAUAAAUGAAGACGACCCUACAAAAAGUAACGAGCUGGAACGGGAAAAGAAGUUUGCCUUCCACACGGAAACUAUCAAAUUGGAAAGCGAAGAUGACGAUCAUAUUAGCUCAGCAGACACCGGCCCUUAUCAGACUGAAGAGUAUGUAGAAUAUUAUAUGUCCGAAGAAAUUAUAGAUGAGGAAGCUGGCGCUGACACCAUUGUGGAAAUCCAAGAGGAAAACUUUAAAACCAAUGCCGCACAUUCAUUCAAAGCGGAAAGCCCAUCUGCAGGAAGCAGUAGUAGCAAAUUUAAUAAAUAUUUGGAAGAUAAUAGUGAUGUACUGGUUACUGAUAUUCCCGAAAUUGAAAAACAACCAACACCCGCACGCCGUACUAGAGGACGCCCCCGAAAAUAUUACGUUAACGCUAACGAGAGUAACUUAAAUCCAUCACACCCAGGUGAUGACGAUAGUGCAAAUCAAAGUGAAGACAAUAUCAAACCGCCGGCGAUGACAACACGUCAUGUACGUACGCGUAAACGUAAAGUAUCGCCUCCGGAUUCCCAGCCGGCAAAAAUAUGUGAAAUUUGCGGUAACAAAUAUCGUUACCAGCACGCUUUAAAUGCUCACAUGAGACGCCACAAUAAUGACAAGCCAUUCCCCUGCGAAUUUUGCGAUAAAGCUUUUAUAUCUCAUGUUGAGUUAAGACGCCACAUUCGUGUACAUACUGGCCAUAAGCCAUAUGCCUGUCAAUAUUGUGACCGCCGUUUCUCCGAUUUUGGUUCUCGAAUCAAGCACGAACGGACACACACUGGUGAACGCCCAUACAGCUGUAACACAUGCGGUAAAAGUUUUGCUUAUGCUCAUGUUUUGUCGGUACACUAUCGUACUCACACUGGCGAAAAGAAAUUUCGUUGUGAUCAGUGUGAUAAGGGUUUUACGAAGAAAGCCUAUCUCCUAAGCCACAUGCAACAUCAUGCUCGAGCUAAUGAAGUCGACAAUGCCGAAAUGAUGAACAUGAAAUCGGUAGCUUUGGAAGAGUGCAUUUUAACAACCGAAUACAUCGAAGAGGGCGAAGAAAUGGAUGAAGAGGAAGACGGUACGGAAAUUCACGUAUUGAUGGGUGAACAUAAUGAUGAAAAUGAAUUCACCGUAAAUGUUAGAUAAGUUUUAAACUAAGAAAGGACUUACAAAUGUUAUUGGUAAAUUAAAGGAAAUUGUAAAAAUUGAUUUUAAGCGGAGCAAAAUCAAUAAACAAAGAAAAAAAGG